GGAGGUUGACGUUCCCAUAGGCAAUGCAUGGACACUGACAUAAAGUUGUAACUUGCUUGUUCCUCAAUCAAUUUUCAUGAGGAUUACUUUUUGUCAACGCCAAAGCGUAUGCUAUCAAAAACUAAACAUUUUUCAAGGCAUAAAGAACAUAUUUUAUAUACCUUAUCAUGUGAAAUUGACUCACAGUUCCCUUGUCGUAAUUGUACGACGUUUUACGCAAUCGUAUGCAGCACAAUGUAUCGGUAUCGUGGGUCUUUCGGUUUUCUUGGCGUACACUACAGUGAAUGCACCGACGACUUCGACCGCCCUAGCUUAGCGUCACAGUAGGCACGUAGCUCAAAUCAAAAUGGGCGUGUAGUAUCUACCAAUACAUAUCUGUGGGCCCGCCAUCUUGUUAGCCUCCUUAGCAAAAUAAACGGGUGGGUAUUCAAGAGCAUUGUUUUUUUCUGACAGUUGACCGCUUGCUGCAAGCAUGUGGUAUGAAAUUCUCCCCGGCCUUGGCAUCAUGGCGGUGUGUCUGAUCAUUCCCGGCGUUGCCACCGCACAGAUCCACAAAUUCACCAAUGGUGGAAAGGAAAAAAGAAUCGCCAGGGUUCCCUGGCAAUGGUACCUGAUGGAAAGAGACAAGCGGGUGUCGGGAACGGGACGCUACUUUGACUCCAAGGGACUCGAGAACAUCCACUGAUGACGAAGAAGGAAGUUAUUUGUUGUACAUUAAAAAACAGUUCUAUUCGA